AUGGCUCCCCAGCCCGACCAAAGCCACGACUUGGCUCUCGAGCUUCAAGAUGGCUACGUCUGCUUCGGAAACAGCUUCGGUGCGGACAAGAGCAUUUCCGGAGAGCUUGUCUUCCAGACGGGCAUGGUGGGCUACCCUGAGUCUAUCACCGACCCCUCCUACCGCGGCCAGAUCUUGGUCAUCACAUUCCCUCUAGUCGGCAACUAUGGUGUGCCAUCGCGGGAAGAGAUGGACAGCCUUCUCGAGGGCAUCCCGGCCCACUUUGAAUCCAACGAGAUCCACAUUGCGGGUUUGGUAGUCGCUACAUACGCCGGCGAGGAAUACUCGCAUCACUUGGCCACCUCUUCGCUGGGUGCAUGGCUCAAGGAGCAGGGCGUGCCCGCCAUCACCGGCGUCGACACGCGAGCGCUGACCAAGCGCAUCCGAGAGGAGGGAAGCAUGUUGGGACGCCUCAUGCAGAGGACCGGACCAUCACCCUCCUCCACCACCCUCACCAACGGCGCUGUGAACACCCAAACUCUCGCUGAUGAUGAGGUGGACUGGAGGAGCAGCUUCGAGCAAAUCGAAUGGCUCGACCCCAACCAGAAGAACUUGGUCGCUGAAGUCUCCAUCAAGGAACCCAAGCUCUACAAGCCCGACCCUGCCACUGCCCUCAAGCAUCCCUCCGGCCGCCCCGUACGUGUCGUCACCGUUGACGUCGGUCUCAAAUACAACCAGCUCAGGUGCUUGGUGCGGAGAGGAGUCGAAGUUCUGCAAGUGCCCUGGGACUACGACUUCCCUCAGCUUGCUGGCAAGGACUACGAUGGUCUUUUCAUCUCCAACGGUCCCGGUGACCCAGCCAUGAUGGACUCCACCGUCAAGCACAUCAAGACUGCCAUGGACGAAGCCCGCACACCCAUCUUCGGUAUCUGUCUUGGUCACCAAUUGCUCGCACGAGCUGCUGGCGCCGACACAGUCAAGAUGAAGUUCGGUAACCGCGGUGCCAACAUUCCCUGCACCAGCUUGCUUACUGGCAAGUGCCACAUCACAUCGCAAAACCACGGUUACGCCGUAGACUCCAAGACACUGCCCAACGGCUGGGAGGAACUCUUUGUCAACGCCAACGAUGGUAGCAACGAGGGAAUCCGACACGAGCGCAGGCCCUACUUCAGUGUGCAAUUCCACCCUGAGCACACUCCCGGUCCCCGCGACACCGAGUACCUCUUCGAUGUCUUCAUCAGCACUAUCCAGAAGGCCAUGACAUCAUCUGAAGUCUUGUCAAAGCCUGUUGAAUUCCCCGGUGGCACCUUUGAGGAGAACAAAAAGCUCACACCCAGGGUCGACGUGAAGAAGGUGCUCGUUCUCGGCAGUGGAGGUUUGAGCAUUGGCCAGGCUGGAGAGUUCGAUUACUCUGGUAGUCAGGCGAUCAAGGCUUUGAAGGAAGAAGGAAUCUACACCAUCCUGAUCAACCCCAACAUCGCUACUAUUCAAACUUCCAAGGGCCUUGCCGAUAAGGUUUACUUCCUGCCCGUCAACGCAGACUUCGUCCGCAAGAUCAUCCAAAAGGAGCGACCUGACGGUAUCUACGUAACCUUUGGUGGUCAGACCGCCCUCCAGGUUGGUAUCCAACUCAAGGAUGAAUUCGAAGGCCUUGGCGUCAAGGUUCUCGGUACUCCCAUUGACACCAUCAUCACCACAGAGGACCGAGAGCUAUUUGCUCGCAGCAUGGAGUCGAUUGGCGAGAAGUGCGCCAAGUCUGCAUCUGCCAACAACGUAGAAGAGGCUAUGCGCGUUGUCAAGGAUAUUGGCUUCCCCGUCAUUGUCCGUGCUGCCUACGCUCUUGGUGGGCUCGGAAGUGGUUUUGCCAACAAUGAACCAGAGCUGCUCGACCUCUGCAACAAGGCUUUUGCUGCCAGCCCCCAGAUCCUCAUCGAGCGCAGUAUGAAGGGCUGGAAGGAGAUCGAAUACGAAGUCGUCCGAGACUGCAGAGACAACUGUAUCACAGUCUGCAACAUGGAGAACUUCGAUCCCCUUGGUAUCCACACGGGAGACUCCAUCGUCGUUGCGCCUUCGCAAACUCUGUCCGACACUGACUACAACAUGCUCCGAACGACCGCUGUCAACGUCAUCCGCCAUCUCGGUGUUGUCGGUGAAUGUAACAUUCAGUACGCACUGAACCCAUUCUCGAAGGAGUACUGCAUCAUCGAGGUGAACGCUCGUCUGUCACGUUCUUCCGCUCUUGCUUCCAAGGCGACUGGAUAUCCCCUUGCUUUCGUCGCCGCCAAGCUCGGGUUGAACAUCCCUCUCAACGAGAUCUCUAACUCAGUCACACGUUCCACCUGUGCGUGCUUCGAGCCAUCGCUCGACUACGUCGUUGUGAAGAUUCCUCGUUGGGACUUGAAGAAGUUUACUCGUGUAUCCACCCUCCUCGGUUCCUCCAUGAAGAGUGUUGGUGAGGUCAUGAGUAUUGGUCGAACGUUCGAAGAAGCCAUCCAGAAGGCCAUUCGCGAGAUCGACCCCAGCAAUCUUGGUUUCAACGAGACCCCAGCUCUAAUGGAGAUCGACCAGGAACUGCAAACACCUUCAGACCAGCGCCUGUUCGCUAUCGCCAACGCCAUGAAGGCUGGCUACAGCGUUGACAAGAUCUGGGAAAUGACCCAGAUUGACAAGUGGUUCCUUAGCCGCCUCAAGUCCCUCAGUGACUUUGAGAAGUCAAUGGCGAGCUACAACACCGUCAGCAUCACCAUGCCACUGCUGAAGAAGGCCAAGCAGUUGGGUUUCUCUGAUCGCCAACUUGCCAAGUUCUGGGCUUCUAACGAGCUUGCCGUGCGUCGCGUGCGUGUUGAUGCUGGUAUCUUCCCCGUCGUCAAGCAGAUCGAUACAGUCGCCGCUGAGUUCCCCGCUGUGACCAACUACCUCUACCUGACGUACAACGCCAAGGAGCAUGACAUUAGCUUUAACGACAAGGGUGUCAUGGUUCUCGGUUCUGGUGUGUACCGUAUUGGAUCUUCGGUCGAAUUCGACUGGUGCUCUGUUCGCGCUAUCCGCACUCUCAGAGAACAGGGCUUCAAGACCGUCAUGUUGAACUACGUUUCUACCGACUAUGAUGAAGCUGACCGCCUUUACUUCGAAAACAUCAGCGUUGAGACAGUUAUGGACAUCUACACCAUGGAGAACUCCAGCGGCGUCAUUGUUUCCAUGGGAGGCCAAACAUCCAACAAUAUCGCUCUUCCGCUGCACCGCAUGAACGUCAAGAUCCUUGGUACCUCUCCAGAGAUGAUCGACAACGCGGAGAACCGAUACAAGUUCUCUCGUAUGUUGGAUCGCAUCAACGUCGAUCAGCCCGCCUGGAAGGAGCUUACCAGCAUCGACGAGGCGAUGGAGUUCUGCGACCGUGUAUCCUACCCUGUCUUGGUUCGUCCCUCAUACGUCCUCUCUGGAGCUGCCAUGAACACUGUCUACUCCAAGCACGAUCUGGCCAACUAUCUCAACCAAGCCGCCGAUGUAUCCAAGGAGCAUCCUGUCGUUAUCACCAAGUACAUUGAGAAUGCGAAGGAGAUUGAGAUGGAUGCCGUCGCCCGCAACGGAACCAUGAUUGGCCACUUCAUCUCUGAGCACGUCGAGAAUGCUGGUGUCCACUCUGGUGACGCUACGCUGAUCCUGCCACCGCAAGAUCUCGACCCUGAGACCAUUCGUCAAAUCGAGGACGCCACCAGAAAGAUAGGGGCAGCGCUUAAUAUAACUGGACCCUACAACAUCCAGUUCAUUGCCAAGGACAACGAGAUCAAGGUCAUUGAGUGCAAUGUCCGCGCGUCCCGAUCUUUCCCAUUCGUCUCCAAGGUCAUGGGUGUCGACCUGAUCGAGAUGGCUACCAAGGCCAUGUCAGGCUUGCAUGUUACGGAGUACCCUCCCACCAACAUUCCCGCGGAUUACGUUGGUGUCAAGGUUCCUCAGUUCUCCUUCUCUCGUCUCUCUGGAGCCGACCCUGUCCUCGGUGUGGAGAUGGCUUCUACUGGUGAAGUUGCUUGCUUCGGUCGCACCAAGUACGAGGCCUACAUCAAGGGCCUCAUCGCCACCGGCUUCAGGCUGCCGAAGAAGAACAUCCUGCUGUCCAUUGGUUCAUUCAAGGACAAGCUGGAGAUGUUGCCUUCAAUUGAGCGUCUGCACAAGAUGGGCUACAACCUCUUCGCUACUGCCGGAACCGCCGACUACAUCCAAGAGCACGGUAUUCCAGUCAAGUUCUUGGAAGUGUUGUCCAGUGGUGAACACGACGAGCAGAAGCAGGAGUACUCGCUCACUCAGCACUUGUCCAACAACCUCAUCGACUUGUACAUCAACCUGCCAUCAAGCAACCGCUUCCGUCGACCCGCCAACUACAUGAGCAGAGGAUACCAAACCCGUCGUAUGGCUGUGGACUACCAGACUCCUCUAGUAACCAACGUCAAGAACGCGAAGUUGUUGAUCGAGGCUAUUGCUCGUCACUACGACAUGGAGAUCAGCAAGGUGGACUUCCAGGAGUUCGCCGCAGCUCCUGGAGCACACGACUCGUCGUCUGGGCCCAUGUCCAAGCUCAGCGGCUCGCUGUCUCUUCAGCAGCUUCUGGCAAGAUCCCCCUUCAAGAGGGAGCACAUCACCUCGGUCAAGCAAUUCUCACGCGCAGACCUUCAUCUGCUGUUCACUAUCGCUCAGGAGAUGCGUCUGGGUACUCAGCGUCAGGGCUGCCUUGACAUCCUCAAGGGUCGUGUCCUUUGCACCCUGUUCUGCGAGCCAUCGACUAGAACCUCUGCUUCUUUCGAUGCUGCCAUGAAGCGUCUCGGUGGUGAGGUGGUUGUCAUCAACGAGUUGGUGUCGUCUACACAGAAGGGCGAGUCCAUCGCCGACACGAUCCGCACUCUAGGCUGCUACGGCGAUGCCAUUGUUCUGCGUCACCCAUCCGAGGAGUCGAUUAACAUCGCUACCAAGUUCUCAGAUGUGCCAAUCAUCAACGCUGGUAACGGCAGCCGCGAGCACCCGACUCAGGCUCUUCUCGACAUCUUCACUAUCCGAGAGGAACUUGGUACAGUGAACGGCCUGAACAUCACCUUCGUCGGUGACCUCAAGUACGGCCGAACAGUUCACUCCCUUUGUGAACUCCUCUCCCACUACGAUGUCACCAUCAACCUUGUUUCGCCCGCGUCCCUGCCCAUGCCUUCGGGCGUCACCGACGCUCUCAAGGCCCGGGGUCAGUUGAACAAGGUCACCACCGAGCUGACCGACGACAUCGUCGCUUCAUCGGACGUCAUGUACUGCACUCGUGUGCAGAAGGAACGCUUCCCAGAUGUCGCCACCUACGAGGCAGUGAAGGAUGCGUUCGUCAUCGACAACAAGCUACUCAAGGGAGCCAAGGCGAACAUGAUUGUCAUGCACCCGCUGCCCAGGAACAACGAGAUCAAUGAGGAGGUGGACUUCGACCCCAGGGCGGCCUACUUCAGACAGAUGAGGUAUGGCCUGUACACGCGUAUGGCGCUUCUCGCCAUGGUCAUGGCUCCCUAG